AUGACACCAAUCUACUUGGUCAUCAUGCUCGUCACUAUAGGGAAACUGACCUCUCCCGGCCGAUUCGCAUAUUUCUUAUACCCAAGAUGUCAGACUCGUUAUGUGGACUCAAGUACUCACUCAGGUUCUGCAGAGGGUGUCUCGCAAGGGAAGGUCGGUCCAGGACGGAGAGUUUCUCUCCAGACUGACCUCUGGGAAGUGGUAACAAACUUCCUGGAGAAGAACGACCUGAUCGUCUUCUCUGAGUCGCAUCGCGGUGUCUACAGCGCUGUGAGCCACGAGCGCUGUUCUGCUUGUCAGGAUCAGCUCCUGACUCCGCAGGAGGUAUAUGACAAUCACGCAGCGGCCGCCGCUGAUGAAAACGCCAGACUCAUGGUCUUCAAUUUGGAAGCUGUGGAGAAUGCUGCCGAGGCAGUUGAGCGUGGCGCGGUGAGUGAGAAUCAGGUAGAUGACUAUGCUGACAAACUGGCCUAUGCGGUGACCUUAAGUGGAUUGUCAAUCCUAUCACUGGCGGUUCUUCGGGGAAGAAAGGACGUGGUGAAUCUUCUUCUGAAGCAUCGCGCGGACCCUACUUACGGAGGCGAAAAUGCUCACUUGACGUCUUUGGACUAUAUCAGAUCCCCUUUCCACCGAACUGACUCAGCAGGAGACCCAGUGGUGAUCAAGGCCGCGGUGGCAAUGGUGGAAACACUGCUCACCCACGGAGCGACCUUCACUCAGAAGGGGCCCUGGGAUAUCAUUCUAUGGACUCGACGCGUAGACCUCAUUUGCCAGGCGGUCCGGAAUGGGGUGGAUCUUCUCAGUCUGCGCUGGGAGAGCCAGGGUGUAAGUCUGAACCCGCUGAGCGCUAUCCUCCAUCACCCGGCCCUGCCCGAAGACAAGGUCCGCGACGAGGUCCUGCGGGCGAUUCUGGAGGCUGCGCCCCGGCUGAUGGAUAUCACCGACAACGAGGGGCGUACCAUCAUACACCAAGCCGUGCAAGCCUACUGGUGGAAUCUGGCGCAAGCCCUGCUCCGGUUCCCAUCCACGGCAUGGCCCAUCGCCAACGACGGGCAGAACGCGCUGACCACCGCCAUCGCCCACGGUAAGACAAAACUGAUCGCGGGUCUGUUGGACCGCCCCGAGUACGAGAUCGACUUCCUGCACGACGUCGACUCCAUGCUCUUGUGGCGUCAUGUCAACAGGCCCACUCAGGAGUCCUUUCCGCUGAUGGUGGCCGUCGCAAAGGCGGCCGAGUUCCCCAGAGCCCUGUUUACGCUGGCCACUCACCCACGCAUGUGCAUCCCCGCGAAAAUGCCGGAUUGCCUCGAUGUCCGACAUCAGGCGCUGGAGCUGGGGAUGGAGGUAGGCCUCAGUCCGCGCCAUGUCGCGCUGAUCAAAGCCAUCCCCGAGCGGUGGGAUUAUGACGAGGGCCAAACUUACACUAGGGUUGAGUAAACACAUCCACUACAUUUCGUCUAAUCAAAGUUUUCCCUCGACGAACACAGAGACAGUACAAAACGCGCUUAAUCAGAUGCCCCCAAUCAAAUCAACAAACCUGUAAUCAUAGCAUCCAUCUACUCCAUCACCCAUCCAUCCGCGUCAGAUAGAAAUGCAAAACCCCGGAAUCCCGAUAAUAAGGCUUAUACUCAUUGGUCGCCGCCACGGUCCUCUCAUUCACAUAUCGAAACCGAUCUACCUUGUCCUCGCCGUCGGGGAUGACCGCGCAGGCGCCGAUACCGUGGAACUUGAUUUGCCGGACCUUUUUUUCCGCAGUGCAUCAGGUCUCGCCUCAGAUUUAUUGAGUAGGGAUAUCUCACCUUCUCUGUCU